AUGAAUGUAAUCCCGAUGCUGGUGUGCAACGCUCAGCAAAAGUUCCGCAUCGUGCCGAGGGAUCUGCAGGUGCUGGAGGGCACCGAGGCGUUGCUUCGCUGCGAGAUCUACAAUCUAGUCGGUGCCGUACAGUGGACAAAGGACGGCUUCGCAUUGGGAUUUUCCCACACCAUCCCCGGCUACCCGCGGUAUUCGGUGCUGGCCGAUCGGAAUCUCGGCAUCUACAACCUGCGAAUAUCGAACGCAUCGAUCGAGGACGAUGCGGAGUACCAGUGUCAGGUCGGGCCGGCCAAAUUCAACACCGCUAUCCGGGCGAACGCUCGGUUGACCGUGAUAUCUCCACCAUCGUCGAUCGAAAUCCAGGGCUACAACCGUAACGCCAAGGUGGAAGUCCGCGAAGGCCAGGACCUGACGCUGACCUGCGUGGUGUCGAACGCAAAACCCGUCGCCCAGAUCGUGUGGUAUCGCGGCAAAGCGGAGUACAAAUCGGAUACGAUCGAGAACAAGAUGACGGAAACGGAGGGCAAACGGUACACGGUGUCCUCGCAGCUGCGAAUCAAACCGACCGCCGAGGAUGACUACAUGGAGUACACCUGCCAGGCGAAGCACAAAGCCCUGCAACCGGACCGACCGAUGCAGACAAAAGUGCAGCUUUCGGUGUUGUAUCCACCUGGGGAGCCACAGAUCGAGGGCUACUCGGCUGGUGAGGUCCUUCGGCGUGGUCAGAACGUGGAGCUGAUCUGUCGUAGUCGUGGCGGCAACCCACCAGCUCAGCUGAUCUGGUACAAGAAUGACGUGCAGGUUCGCAUGGCUUACCGGACGACGGAUCGACUAUCAGAGAACAUCUACUCGUUCGUGGCCGAAGAAGGCGACAAUAAGGCUCGGUUGCGUUGUGAAGCCAACAACAUUAUGAUCUCGGCUCCGCUUAAAACCGAACUAACGCUCAGCGUAUUGUUCGCACCCACUCAGGUCAUCAUUUCCGGUGCCUCGGAAGCUCGCACAGGAGAUGUCGUGGCGUUGCAAUGCCAGACGGCUCCUUCGAACCCACCGGCGGAAAUCAAAUGGAGCGUCAAUGGGCAUCACAUGAAGAACACCACCUCAAGGACGAUCGAGAAUCCCGAUGGAGGAUGGAUCACGAUGUCCAACAUUUCCGUACCGGUGGAACCGAACAAACGCUCGAUGGUGGUGAUUUGCCACGGGCUCAACAUGCAGCUGACGGAGAACGUCAUCGCUACACACACGGUUAACGUGCUGCUUCCCCCAAGCCAACCGAUCAUAACGGGCUACACCGAGGGUACGAUAAUAGCGGCCGGAUCCGUGCAACGACUCCAGUGCACCUCAACCGGUGGCAAUCCACUGGCCACGCUGACCUGGUACAAGAACGACAAAAAGUUAAACGCACCCACAAAGUCGACGGAUAAAUCCGUCUCCUCGGAGCUCUCGAUACUGGUUAACGCGACGGAUAACCAGGCGAAGUACCGCUGCGAGGCGCACAACUCAGCCACCGAAAUACCCAUGUCGGCCAGCAGGACUCUCGCGGUGAACUUCCCGCCCGAGACGGUGAAAAUCAAAAUCAUCCCACCGGAGCUUAAGCCCGGCAUCGAGGCGACGCUGAUCUGUGAUUCGAGCUCCAGUAAUCCUCCCGCAACGAUUUCGUGGUGGCGCGAUGGUAUCGCUGUUGACGGAAUGAACAACUCGUCGAAACCGGGCCUGUGGGGUGGCUACGUGUCCUCGCUGGAGCUGAAGGUGAACAUCAGCCAGGACAUGGACGGGAAUGUGUACACGUGCCAGAGCGCCAACGAAGCGCUACAACGCAACGUGCACGAAGCCAUCAAGCUGCAGGUGCUAUAUCCACCUAAAUUUAAGCCACCUCCAUCGUCGACCGUCGUCGGUGCGGAAGGAGAACCACUGACCGUCGCGAUGGUUGCCACCGGGAACCCGAUGUCCAUCUCGUACACGUGGACGAAGGAUGGCCUUCCGAUCCUUUCAACUGCAGCGGCCCAGCGGAUCGUGUCCGAGGGACCAAUCCUGAACAUCACCCGGCUCAACCGUAACGAUACCGGCAUCUACACUUGCGAGGCUGUCAACUCCCAAGGGUCGGCGAUGAUUAAUAUUUCCGUCGUAGUUGAGUAUGGCGCUUCUAUUCAGUCGAUUUCGGAAAACGUUACCGUGAGCCCAGGCGAGGAAGCAAUGUUGUCCUGCACCGUCGAAGGCAAACCCCUGACGGAGGAACACAUCCGAUGGGAGCGCAUCGGGUACGAUAUGACCAUCAAAACUUCGACCACCUUCGCGAAUGGGACGAGCUAUCUGCACGUGAAAAACGCUCGCCGUGAGGACGUCGGCAACUUCCGGUGUAUCGCCGACAAUCGCGUCGCAAAUCCAACCAGCCGCGAUGUGCUGCUGAUCGUGAAGUUUGCACCGGAAAUCGACAAAUCCCCGGUGAUGCUUCGAGCGGCGGCCGGUUUCAGUGAACGUGCUCGAUUACCGUGCCGUGCUCAGGCCGCACCAAGGCCAAAAUUCUACUGGUCCCGCUCCGGGCAGGUGCUGAACGUGAACCAAUCGGCAAAGUUCUACGUCGAGUACAAGCAGAUCGACGCGUUAACGUACGAAUCGACGCUGAUCGUCGAACGUGUGGCGGCCAAUGACUACGGUCUGUACGAGUGCAUCGCGCGCAAUGAGCUUGGUAAUGUGAAGGAAAAGGUUCGGUUGGAUGUAACCUCACCACCGGAUCCACCGGUGAGCCUGAACGUGCUGAAUGUCACGCACGAUUCGGUGACGCUUGCCUGGACGCCCGGCUUUGAUGGUGGCAUGAAGGCGAACUAUCGCAUCCGGUAUCGCGAGGUGAACAGCGAUCGCUACUGGUACGAGGAUAGUCAACCAAACUCGUACAAACUCACGAUCGGUGGCUUGCGCAUGAACACGCUGUACGUUUUCUCGAUCAUGGCAUCGAAUGGGCUCGGUUCGAGCCGCUAUCUACCGGAUGUGACGCGUGCACACACUAAAGACACGCCACCAUCACAACCAGCAUCAUCGUUGGGUAGUAAACCGGCCACAUCACAGGCGGGCGGUGGUUCGAUCGGCGCUUCCGGCAUCGUGCUGCUAAUAGGCGUUGCGGCCGGAAUCUGUCUCGUGCUGCUCAACAUCAUCCUGAUUGGGUGCUGCAUUCACCGGCGCACCGUUCACAAGCGCAUCAAGCGGGGCGAAACGCUGUCUAGUGUCUCGGAAAAGAGUGACGCUUACUCAACCGACGCUAAUCGUCCCGACUACACGGAUGACACUACCAGCAAAUCCGCUUCGACAUAUCUCGUGGAAAAUGGGGACAUGCCGCCGCCUCGCUACCAGAAGGAAGGCACUCUUCCCCCGUACCCUAACAAUAUCAAUGGAGCCUACGCCCGGACUUUGCCCCAUCCGCGGCACAACCCAGUGAACUAUCAGCAGCGCAGCCACGACGAUCAGAUGAUCGAACGGAGUAGCUACGUGACUGCUCCUUCGCCAGGACCACCGUUUGAUGGGUCGUAUUACAACAUGAACAGCGAUCGCUACCUAUCCUAUCCACCCAUGCAGGAUUAUUCGGCGAUGGAGAUGUCGACACCACCGCCACCGAUCAUACCGGCAUUGCCUAAAAACACUGGCACGCUAACACGCACGACUCGCCCGAUGGUGCCACCACCAGAUGUGACCUAUCACGCGCAAUCGGUGGUUAACGAGAGCUCCUCAUCACCGCAGCACAUGAGCAGUAGUCUUAGUGGCGCCAUCAUCGGUACUCUUGGGCCCGGUCAAGCUCCAGUACCAGCUCCCAAACCUCUGCAGGGCAUCCUAAAGGACCCGAAGCGUAACAGCAGCGCAAGCAACAGCAGCCAACACCAACAGCUACAACACGGGACGCAACUGAUCGCGGUGCAAAAUCCUUCACCGGUGCCACUCGGGCUUCCGAUCGUGGGUAGUACGUUUUUGGGAGCGGCCACUGGUGGCACGUCGACAGCAGGUGGACAGCCUGGAGGUCAUGGUAGCAGCCUCGGAAAUAGUCUGCUGAUCGGUACGUACGAUCCUAGCAGCACGAAUUUAAGCUCGUUUAACGCGUCGUUCGGGUUCACGGAUGCUGACGGGCACCUGGUGUAAAAAGGGGCCAAAGGUCCUGCGCAUCCUUGCC